AUGUCCGAAAAGCCUGUCUCAUCGGAGAUCUGGCGCCUGCAAGCCUUUCGCUCCAAGCGCCCCGUCGACCCCAAGUCCAAGGUCCACCUUCGCUUGUACUUUUUGCAAGCUCCCGUUUUUGAGACCACCGACGUGGAUGAGAACGAGCGCGACAUCCGCAAGCUUGCGGACACCAACUUUCUCAAGCAGUGCGACGCAGACUCGCUCGAGCGCUACCAGGAAGUCAUGAACCAGGUGAUGGAUAACCAUGGCUACGCCAUCAAGUCGUACUCGGACGUGAUCGACUCAGAAGGCGAGAAGAGCACCCUUGUCAUGGUCGCCCACCUCCGCGAUGAUGGCGCGGGCUUUUUCGUUGGUGUGCCCAACGUCUACCGCUUCCACAACCUCUUUGCCAGCUCCAAGGCGGUCGAGACCUUUGCCAAUGGCGUCGUGGUCUACAGCUUUUACUUGCGUCCCUUGACAGCCAUUAUCGAUGACGGCGAGCGCUCUCACUCGCCCGUCAACAGCUUUGAGACGCGUGUCAAGUGCAUGCUACGCGACAUUAGCCUCCAUUACGUCCUGCCCUCGCACAGCCUGACCCCGCUGCUCAGCUCCUCGGUGCUCAGCGCGGAGGAAGUGGCCUAUGCCUUCUGCGCCUGGAAGUUUGCCUUUCAUUUUCUGAACCGUGGCCAGGCGGCCCAUCAGCAGCUCAGCGAGCUUUUGCGCCACGCGGGGGACUCGGCUGCUUCGGCCCUUUCGGAACUUCGAGUUGCCUUCCAGACCCAUGCCUUUAACGAAGGCAGCAUUCAAGAAGCCAUUUUUGCCCAGAAGGAUUUGGUCAAACACUUGUAUGCCGAUUUUGCCCGCCGCCACCGACCAUCCUCGCUCGAGGCUGACGAACAACAGUCCACCGGCAGCCGCACAACCAGCCUGGGCUUGGAUCAGGAUCAGGCAGCUGAGCUCGCGCACAUCAAGCGUACCUGCCACACAGAUCUUGAGCAGGCUGUGUUCACGGCUUUCCUGUCCUUCAAUACCCACAUUCUCAAGACCAACUUCUAUCGCCCUAGCAAGACGGCGCUGGCCUUCCGCUUGAACCCGGAUUUCCUGUCCGGCACCGUCUACACGCAACGUCCCUUUGGCAUCUUCAUGGUCAUUGGAGCCGAGUUUCGCGGCUUCCACAUUCGCUUCCGCGACGUGGCCCGCGGCGGCAUCCGCUUGGUUCAGUCUCGCUACCCACAGGCUUACUCGACCAACGUGAGCAACCUGUUCGACGAGUGCUUCAACCUUGCCAGUACGCAGCAGCGCAAGAACAAAGACCUGCCCGAGGGUGGCAGCAAGGGUGUGAUCCUUCUUGGACUCCACCACCAGACACAGGGUGUGACCGCCUUUAAAAAGUACAUUGACGCUCUUUUGGACCUGAUGCUCCCCAAUGAAAUGACCGUGCAACACUACAGCCAACCCGAGCUGCUGUUCUUGGGCCCUGACGAGGGCACCGCAGACCUCAUGGACUGGGCCUCACUGCAUGCCAAGAAGCGUGGUUACCCUUAUUGGAAGGGCUUCACCACCGGCAAGAGCACCAACAUGGGUGGCAUCCCGCACGACUUGUAUGGCAUGACCACACGCUCAGUUCGUGCCUACGUCACCGGCAUCCAGCGCAAGCUGAGCCUCGAGGGCACGGCCUGUACCAAGGUCCAGACUGGCGGCCCGGACGGUGACCUGGGCAGCAACGAGAUUAAGCUCGGCAAUGAAAAGACCGUGGCUAUCGUUGACGGCUCGGGCGUGCUCUUUGAUCCGGAAGGCAUCAACCUUCAGGAGUUGCGCCGCUUGGCCUGCCACAAGCCCCGUUUGCCCGUGUCCAACUUUGAUAUUAGCCUGCUUUCCGCCCAAGGCUACCGAGUGCUCGUUGAUGAUACCGAUGUCAAGUUACCGUCGGGUCAAAUCAUUGAGUCGGGCCUGCAGUUUCGCAACAACUACCAUCUCCUGCCCGACCUGCACGCCGACUUUUUUGUGCCCUGCGGCGGUCGUCCGGCAGCCGUCAACGAGUCGAACUGGAAGACAUUUUGCUAUGACCAAAAGGACAACCUGCGCUUCUCGUACAUUGUUGAGGGUGCCAACCUCUUCUUCACCCAAGAGGCUCGUCUCCAACUCGAGGCUGCUGGUGUCGUCGUCGUCAAGGACGCCAGUGCAAAUAAGGGCGGCGUGACCUCGUCCUCGCUCGAAGUGCUCGCGGCUUUGGCACUGACCGAUGACGAGUUUAAGCAGCACAUGUGCGUUGAGGAGACAGAGCCUCAGUUCUACACCGAUUACGUGAAGGAUGUGCAGCAGCAUAUCCAAGACAAUGCCGACAUGGAGUUUGAGCGCCUGUGGAUGGUGAAGGAGAACUCCAAAAAGCCUCUGUGUCAGGCUAGCGACACACUUAGCCAGCGCAUUGUCAAGCUCAAGGAUGACAUUGAAUGUUCUGAUCUCUUUGACGAUGCUCAGCUGCGCCGCUUUGUCAUGCGCCAGUCCAUUCCCCAGACCCUGCAAAAGGUCGUGUCCGUUGAGGAGCUGGAGCGUCGCCUGCCUGAGAGCUACCUCAAGGCCCGUUUCUCGGCCUUUAUUGCGUCACGCUACGUGUACUUGGGCGAAGCCAAGGGGGCGACGGAGCUGGGCCUGUAUCAGUAUCUCAACCAGCUGCGCCAGCUCGCCAACAACUAAAUGCGUGCCUAGCCUUCCUGCGCUUGAGCUCGUGUGGUCGCGUGCAUUCCAUGUUCACGGUCCGGUGUUUGGUUUGACCACUGACAUUGGCCAGGCUCCUUCCGCUCGUAAGAAUACUUCACGGCAGCGCACAAAGGUGUUUUUUUUUUCUCUUGUCUUGUCUGUUGUUGUGCCAUAAGCGAUUCCAUGCGCUACUAGAGUUGAUCUUCAAAACGACA